GUCAGAUUCAGUGCGAUGUGCCUAUAGUAAAUUUGGUGAGCCCGGAUAUUUCAGAAAGAUCAAGACCCGAUCUUGUUGAAAUCAGGGUUUGAAGUUCCCCGUCCUAGAGCAGCACAAGAAUGGCAUAACCAGGAUCUGAUUGAGAAGUAGAUUAUGUCUGUGAGAGGGAGGAAAGUCUCCACUCGAGGGGAAGCAGUGGCAGCAAAUUAUGCUUUUGGGCCCCUUGAAGAUGAUGUUAUUAUAAAACAUAGGCUUCUCACCCGGACAACGACCACAAGAGGGGAACCUCCAUUGAAGAAGCUCCAGAAGAAAUUCACUUCCUUUGUUCUUGAGAUUGAAAAGGAUGGUAGUAACAAUGAUGACUGUGAGAAGCUUUCCAGAGCUUUCUUACAAGAGCUAUCCACAUUUGAAAUUCCUUUGCUGAAGAGUAAAGCAGUUGUUGAUGCAAAUAUUAGGGAAAAGGAGAGCUUCCAUGAGUUUAAGGAUGAGAUAAACAAACAAAUUUUGUUAGCUCAGGAUGAUAUUGAAGAUCUUAAGAAGCAGCUUGAAGAAAGCAAAAUUGAGAGGCAACACAAGGAGGAGUGUGAGGCAAUUAGGAAGCUUAUAGCAGCACAGCCGCCUAGGUCUGUGACACAAAAGACUAUUGUGGAUUUAGAGAAAGAGAUUGCUGCACUUGAUGCAGAGAACACAGCUAGUUCAAGGAUGUUGGAGCUUCGUAAGAAGCAAUUUGCUCUUUUGUUGCACGUGGUGGAUGAGUUGCAAAAUACCAUAGAGGAUGAACAAAAGAGUUUAAUUGAGGAAAUGAGAAUCACAGCUGAGGAGAAUAAGAUUGGUGUGGACGAUGCUAGUGGAGGCCUGGAAGCCAUGGCUGUUGACUGAGGCCAAACUCUCGGAUGUUCUGGUGUAAAAACUUGUAUGCAUACUUUUUUCUUUCAACUCCAUAUCAAAGCGAUUAUGUUAUCUGAAUCUUGCUCAAGUUGAGAAAUCAAAAUGCAAUAGUUUGAUCUAA